CCCCUCCCCCCUGUGCACAAACACACAGCAGCGAAAGUGAAAGAAGAACGAGCACUCAAGAGGAAAAGGAGCUGAGCUGCACGGAACAGCAGACAGAGAAAGACACACAGGCUUCAAUUUUCACUCACACCUUCACACAAGUAUAGAUUCAAACAUGGGAUCCUCUCCAUCCAAACCUGAAUUUGUCACAGUUCUGGCUAAUAAAUGCGUCACGAGUGGAGAUCAUGUUAUUCUUCAAUGUCAGGCAAACACAGAAGAUGUAACAACAGCAUGGGAAAAGGACGGCCACAGUUUGUCUUGUGUAGAGGGCAAGCACACUGUGAAAAAAAUUGGUACAACAUGUGUCUUGGAAAUUUCAAAUGCUCAGGAGAGUGAUGAAGGGAAUUACACCAUAACCCUGAGUAACAGUUCAGGCUCUGUCUCAUGCUCUGCCCUUGUCAGAGUAGAAAUUAAGGAAUGGAGGAAAGUGCAAUGGAGGCAAGACGAAAUGUUAAAUACUCUCAAGGCAUUUAACAUUUGUAAUGAAGUCCCAGAGCUCCGCUUCCUUCUGUAUGGACCAGUUGGAGCAGGAAAGUCCAGCACAAUAAACACCAUCAGAACCGUUUUUGAAGGACGUCAGUUUGUGAACUGCCUGGCUGCUGCAGGAUCUACUACGAGUCACACUCUAUGCUAUGAACGAUUUAGAUUUGCAAAUGAAGCAGGAUCAUUUCCUUUUGCCUUCAAUGAUAUAAUGGGUGCAGAAGCAGAAGAUGGGGUGCACACUCAAGAUAUCAUCACUGCUUUAAAAGGUCAUAUGAAAGAGGGUUACUUGUUCAACUCUAGAUCUCCACUGUCUGAAAGCAACCAUUACUACAACCAAAAUCCCAGCCUGAGUGAUCAGAUGCACUGCCUGGUGUAUGUCAUAUCAGCCGACAAGAUUUCAAUGAUGGGAAAUGAUUUCAUUAAAAAAUUGAAGAGUGUCCGAGAAACAGCCAGUAGAAUGGGAAUCCCUCAGGUGGUUUUCAUGACAAGAGUAGACCUGGCAUGUCCGAUGACAAAGGAGAAUUUGCAAAACAUCUACAAAAGCAAAAAGAUCAGAGAUAAAAUGCGUGAGUGCAGUAAUGCACUGGGCGUGCCUGUGAACUGCAUCUUCCCUGUCUCGAACUAUCACGAAGAGACCCAUAUUAAUGAGAAUAUAAACUGCCUGAUGCUGGAUGCCUUAACACAGAUUAUAUAUUGGGCUAAUGACUAUGUGAUCACACGUUCCAACAACCAAAUUUCAUAUCAACAACCAAUCCGCGAAUAAAGAAAUUUCACAGAAAAUAUGAAAAGCAGAAUGCUAAACAAUUCUGGCUAUCUAUUGGCUAUCUCUCAUUCAAAUUAAUCCCAAUCCUUAAUCCAAAUCAAUCCAUUAAUACAACACAUUUUAAAACAUGAAAAUUAUAUUCAUUUUAUGAUCCACAUUUUUAAAAGGAGUUUAAGGAUAGAAAUAUACAGAUAAAAUGCAUGCUUUGUAUAUAGUUUUAAAAUCCUAGCCUGAACCUGAAAAGUUAUAUUUCAUCUUACUUCUUUAGUGUAUGAAAGAGUUUGAAUUUUUCCAUGAUUAUUAUGGAAUUGAUUGUACCAGUGGCACAGACUGAACAAUUUAAAAUUCUGGUUAACAGUGUAAUGUUGACAUGGAGACGCCAAAGAAUAGUACACAUUGCUACAAUUAGUACAUAUUUCAGAGAUUUUAUGUUUAGCUCAUUUCAGCUAUAAUAUACAAGGUUUCAUGAUAGUUAUAUUGGUCAUUGAUCUGAUGUAUUAUUCUUUGAUGUUUAAAUAAAACUAUAAAAUGUC